AUGAGCGGCGGCGCGGGCCGCGGGGGCGCAGCGCGGCUGCGGCGGUGAGGCCGCCGGUGCCUCCGCGGGCGGCAUGGAGGGUGUCGGCGCCGCCGAGGCCGGUUUCUACGCGGAGGAGGAGGCGGAGGAGGCGGUCAGCUGCUACGACUUCGAGCCGCUGCCCACCCUGCUGGAGGACGAGGAGAAUGUGUCCCUUGCUGAUAUUUUGUCACUGCGGGAUAGCUGUCUCACGGAGCAAGAUAUCUGGGCAAUUUGCCUGGAGUGCAGCCGCUCUCUGAAGAGCAUCGCCCAUUCUGCGAUCUUCCAGACACUCUGCAUCACUCCUGACACUUUGGCUUUUAACACCAAUGGCAAUGUAUGCUUCAUGGAACAGCUCAGUGAUGAUCCAGAGGGUGCCUUUGUACCACCAGAAUUCGAUAUCACUGGCAACACUUUUGAGGCACACGUCUAUUCUUUGGGUGCAACCUUGAAAGCAGCAAUUGAAUACGUAGUAGAACCUGAGACAGAAUCAGAGUUUGGACAAGAUCUGCACGCUCUCCUCGAACAAAUGCAAGAAGAGAAUCCUGAAGAUAGGCCUGAUAUUGAGAGCAUUUUGUCAUUAUGUGAAGAAAAACUGAAGAUUGCUUCACCAAGUAAUAUUUGUCGAAGUCUAUCUGCUGUUGGAAGAAGGGUUCUUUCAAUUGAAUCAUUUGGUGCUUCUCAAGAUGGCUGUGAUAACAUGUGGAAGGGAAGAGUGUGUCAAAGAAGUUUGGGAUCUAAAUUAUACUCAGAUGAGAAAAACAACAUAGCAGGUGAUUCCUCUGCAGUGGAAGAUGUGCCAGCUACCUGUCACAAGGACUCUUCAGCAGUUACUAUGGUGACUGGCAGAGAAAGUGGAUUAGCGGAAAUGCAAAUUGAUCUGGAUAAUGACAAAGCUCAACAUUCUCAACUUGCAACUCAAGUUAAAAAGAGCAAAGAGGAGGAUAAACAUGCAGUAUAUAAUGACAGUUUUGCUAGUGUUGCUUUGGAUAUAAAAUCAUGCGUUAUUGACAUGGAGAGAGUUGGCAUUUUUAAGAAAGGCUGUCUGAGAAAAAUUAAAACCUUUCCAAAGCUACCACUUGAAGCUUCAGAUACAAACCCCUUUUUUACAUCUGUAACCAACAGUGGACUGCUAGCUAGGAAAAAUCACUUGCUUACACAAGAACCACUACCUCUAGACAAUAAUAAUGAGGUUGCUUUUUCAAAGGGAAAUCUUAAUUCAUUUGCUAUUAGUAAUCCACCAAGAGUAGAACCAAAGAAUCACCAGGUUAAUGAUCUUCAUUUAGAAGCUCCUUGUGUGUGUACGCAGGUGUCUGGCAUGAACCUAGAAGAGCACAUGUCACUUAUUAAUGGUAAAAAUACAGGUUUUCUUUCAUCUGAUCACAAAGAAGACUGUUCUGAUGCUACCUCUGAAAUGCCAAAUAUGGCUGGUAUGCUAAAAAGCGCUAAUCAAUCAAUUGCUGGAACAAAAAUGCUAGACAAUUACAUGGCACUGGAAGACUGUACUGAAACUUCUCAUGGGCCAAAUGAAAAUUCUUUAAUACAUUUUAACAAGAUGGAUGCAGUGUUAACAACAAAACCCAGUGGGAACAGAUAUGGAUCAAACCUAAUUAGUUCUCCAGAAUUAAACAACGGUGUGAUGAGCGCAAACAAUAAUGAAGAUAAUCUUUGUGGAGGCAGAGGGUCAGAAAUCAAAAGUAAUGAGCAGUGGAUAUCUCUAAAACUCCUUUUGUCCUGGUAUGGUAAGCCUCUGAAAGACUAUGAACUGUGGGCAUUAUGUCAUGAAUGUUUAUGUACUCUGCAGACUUGCAUAGAUUAUCCAGUGUUCUUAUGUUUGGACUCUGUACAGAUUGACUGCCAUGGAAGUAUCCUCUUUGCUGCUCCAAAAGCUGAAGAAUCUUGUGAUGUAUUUUAUUUAGCUCCUGAAAUUGAAGAGGAGGAUGUCGUUACCGAGAAGGUCUGCAUUUAUGGUGUUGCUGCAGUUCUGUGGAUGGCAGCAAAAUACAGCUUCCCACCUGAUCACAAACUAGCAUUGCCAAGAAAGUUAAAAAGCCUUCUUCUGGAUAUGGCAAAAAAAAAUCCUGAAGAAAGACCUUCUCUAGCUGAUGCAAUUAAGACAUGCAGUUGUUAUUUACUUGAUCGAGGUAUAAACAGCAAAAAAAUUCUGGCAUUGUUGAGCAAAUCUGUCUUUAAGGCUUCCAAGGAAGAAGUAAUCUCUUCUCAAGAUCAUGUUCCUUUUGGACUUAAAAAUGAAAGACAUGAAAUGGACCCUUCAGAGUCAAGUCUAGGAUUUGUGCCUAUUACCAGUGAAAGUAAGCUUAUAGCAGUUAAAGGACCAGUACCAUGCCAGAUUUCUCUAAAUUGUGAGAAGACUACACUACCUGUUGCAUUCACCUCUCCUGCAACUCACUUUAAGCCUAUUAUUUUGCAACAAAAUGCAAAUAUAAUAAAAGAGGUUCACAAACCAACUUCUGUGCAAUGCAAGAAAGAGAUAAGAGAAGAAAAACACAUGGACCACAACAGAUCAGUAUUAUAUGAAGGAGACACAAAUGGUCAUGGUACCGAGGACCCAGCUGUUGUUGAAACUGCACCUGAAAUACCUGAGUGUCAUUUACAAAUGCCAGCCUACUCAUCCCAAAUAUCUUCAGAAGAGCAAAAGUCUGGCAACGUGGUUAUUUCUACGGUUACAUUACCAUCACGGUCUGAUUCCUCACAUCUUUUACAAGAAAAGAACAUUUUAUCUGAAGUUUCUUCAAGCUCCUUGGCUUUUCCUGCAUCUUCCAAUACUCUUCAUAUAAAUAACAUCAUUCUCAAACAGGACACAGAGAAAAGAGUUUUAACGUUUGUACCAGUACAUUUAGCUGUAUCAGAGCAAAUACCAAAUAAACCUCUUCGUUCAAGAAUUGCUUAUGACUGCUGUCAUAGUUUGCCAGUGCUACUUUCGAGUACUAUUGCAAGUUAUAAAAUGAGCACACAAACAGAAGACGAUGCCUCCCUUCGUGAAGUGCAAAACUGUGAAAUCACUAAUACACAGAACAAGUCUGAAAAAAGUAAGCAAAUUAAUAAAACCAACUGCCAAGAUCCUGAGUGUGCUACCAGUUUAGACAGUGUUUUCACUGAGCAAGGACAUGCACUGUGUACCUCAGUGAAUCAAAACACUUCCUAUCUCCUUGAUGUAGAAGCCUUGUCCCAGCAGAACAGAACAAGUGACACUUUAUUACAGAAAGUAGUUCAUCUUAUACAAGAGGAGUUUGCGUUUGAUGGCUAUCUUGAGAAUGGAGUUGAAGUUAUUAAUAUGGGUAACUUUAUUUUAACCUUAAAGGAAAUUAAGUUUGGUAUGUUCUCUGAUGCAAUUUGUGAGAAAUUUUGUGACCUGUACUGGGAUGAAAAAUUACUGGAGAAUCUCUACCAGGUUGUAAAUGGAGAAAGAGCUUCACAUUUAUGCAUAACUGAGGCAGGUGAUUCAAAAUGUGGCAGUGUAUUCCAGGAGCUGAAGCAAUCUGACAGCUUUUUGGCAAGCAGCAAUCAGAUGGAGGGAGAAGUGGAAGCAACCUUUGACAUGAAGGCUGAGCCUGUGAUGAAUACAUCACUAGACGAAAAGGACUUGGACGAGUCACCUGCAGAUAACUGUGAAAAAGAAUUCAGGCUGCAGAAUACUAUUCUUAUAGAAAAAGAGGGACAGUGUUUACAAAGCAAUGACUGUUGUGUUGGUACAGACUUUGCAGAAGAAAAUAUGGAGCCAGGGGAAGAGAGCAUGAUAAAGACAGCUGAAAACAGCUACCUUGCGUCUCCCAACCUACCUGACUUUCACAGCUGUAAUCCUGGUUGGAGCAGUGCAUUUUAUGGAGCUGACUGUUUUGGUUCCGAAGUUCAUAGUUACGUGAAAAACCUUGGAAAGCAGAAAUCAAGUGAGUCACAAAAUAUAGAUGCUAAGAAAGUGGAACUGGAACAAUUGCUAAUGAUAGAGACAAAAAAUUAUAGAAAGACCAUAAAGUUUUAUCAGAAGCUAUUGCAGAAAGAAAGAAGAAACAAAGGUUCUGAAAUCAAAUCGAUGUUGCCCAAACUGAAAGGACAGCUACAGGAAAUGAAAUCAAAGGUGCAGUUUCUUGAACUGGUGAAGAAGUAUGUGCAGAUCAUGUAUGCGGAGCAGUGGGGUGUGGAGUCCUGUGUGCUUCCCACAGUCGUUCACAACGGCAGAACUGACACGUUGGAUGUGGCACCUACCGAAGAGCCAUCGUUGCUUGUUUACUAUAAUACAGUGAAACACCAAUGCAAUAAUGAAAAUGGAAUAAGAGAUUUGCAGGCUGGAACACCACUUGGUUUAAUGGCUUAUUUAUAUUCUAGAAAUGCAUUUUUGGAAGGUUACGUACAGCAGUUUCUCUACACUUUUCGUUAUUUCUGCACACAAGAAGAGUUUUUGCAGUUUCUUCUUGAAAGAAUCAGCAGCACUUUAUCCAGUGCAAGUCUGGACCCUUCCACAUCAUUUACCAAAAUAUGUAACCGCAGUUUCUACAUCCUGCAGGCUUGGAUUGAAGACUGCUACAGUGUAGACUUUGCAACAAAUACUGAUCUUUUGUAUACUCUGAAAGAGUUUAUUUCUUCCAAGGUUGCUCCAUUAAAUGGCUAUGGUGAGCGCUUGUUGUCAUUGCUUGAGGAUUCUUCUGCCAGGAAAAGUGGCAGUGCUUAUCAUUGCUCCAGCAUGGACAAAUGUGAAGAGGAGGGUGAGGAGGACAGAAAAGCAUUACAUUCGUUGUGUAAAAAGCUCUCAGAAGAUGUUUCCAGGAAGAACUUCAACUGGAAGCUUUCCAAAGGUAUGGGACCAAUUGCCCAUCAUCAGAGACAGCGACUGUACACUAUUUCAUCCGUUUUGCCAAAGCCAUGCUAUCACAAUUUUACAGAAGAAUUCCCAGUUUCCUUUGCUAAAGCAGAUGAAGUGGAACCAUAUCUCUUAACAGAAUACAGUGUGCAACAGCUUUGUUGUCAGCUGACAUUGCUACAACAGGAAAUAUUUCAUAAAUGCCAUCCAGUACACUUUCUAAAUUCAAGAGCACUUGGUGUUAAAGACAAAUGUGUGGCUUCCCAAAAAGCUGUUUCGACUGAGGCAGUUUCACUUAAAGUCUGUAAUUUGUUUCUGUCAAAGUGUGUACAAGACCAGUAUCUUCUACAGUUAUUAAGAAAUGCAGACAGUAUCAGUACCUGGGUUGCUGCUGAAAUUGUAACGUGUCACACUUCAAAGCUGCAGGUGAGCUUGUUAUCAAAAUUUCUUCUUAUAGCAAAAUCCUGCUAUGAACAAAGAAAUUUUGCCACUGCGAUGCAAAUCUUAGCAGGCUUGGAAAAUCUUAUUGUUCGACAGUUACCAGCAUGGAAAAUUUUACCUGCAAAAGUAGCUGAAAUAAUGGAAGAACUCAAGGCUGUUGAGGUGUUUUUAAAAAGUGACAGCUUAUGUUUGAUGGAAGGAGAAAGGUUCAAAACACAUCCAACAAUUCCAUCAGCCCAUGUUUUGGCUAUGCAUGUCCAACAGCUUGAAACUGGAGGAUUCACGAUGACAAAUGGAGCUCACAAGUGGACUAAACUUAGAAAUAUUGCAAAAGUUGUGAGCCAAGUUCAUGCAUUUCAAGAGAAUCCCUAUACAUUUACACCAGAUUUCAAGCUGCAGUCUUACCUCAGACAAAGAAUAACUCGUUUUAAAGAUGCAGACAUUUCUGCCUUGGCAGCUGACAACUGUGCCAACUUCCAUCAGAUACCAGCAGAAAAGCAUUCUCGAAAAAUUCAAGACACACUGCGCAGGAUGAAGGCAACAUUUCAGUAAUUAUUUGCAUUUUAUCUGUUCUAUGCCAAGUGUAAAACUGCAUUAAGUUGACUACAUCUCCUGGACCAAUUCCCAAGCAAAUAGUUAAGUGAAGUGAAUUUCAACAUACUAUCUCAAGUUGAAAUGGAUAUAUUUCUUAACAUGGAAUUGUAAAACACUGUCUAAUGAGAUUGGAUUUCCUGGAUGACUUAUCAAAAGGAUUAAAAUAAAGAGAAAAGUAAAGAGAGGAUAUAGAUGAAAAGGAUAACUCAUUCUGUCACUGUUCUUUAUCAGAAAAAUAAUUAGUCCACAAACAAAUGUGGAAGAAAUACUGUGGAAAGAACUUAAAAUCACGGUUGCUGUUGCAAAGUUGGCCUAGGAGAGUUCAGAGUGUAGUUCAUUAGAUGUUGAAUAUAUUUUUAUAAAAACAUAGUGCAUUUGUACCCUGUCACAGUGUGCAUAUAAUUCAGGGGCACAAGUCCUCUGCUAUCCUCUAACUGUUGGUGGUUUUUUCUGUUAUGGCGUGUUUCAUGAAAACUAUACUUGAUUUAAAUAAUUGGCCAUCUUUUUCUUCAAACAUACUAAAGAAGGAGAGGAAUGCCAUGCUGAAACAUUUUGGUUUGCUUUUAAUGCCAUUGAAUUAACCUGUUUCCAAAUAAAAGUAAGACCUGAAUCUAAAUAUUACCACUUUGUUGCUCUGGUUCUGCCUUCAUGGCAGAUGUGAAAUUGUUUGUUUCUGUCUGUACUUGGUGCAAGAGUCACUUUGCUGAUUUGUGUACGUAUGUGCACACAUUUGAUUAUAGCUUUUGCUCCUGACAUUACUUUACUAGACUGUAGUGCUCCAACAGCACUAAAUAAAGAUAACUGUGUGUGAAAUUUGGAUCUGCAUCUUGUGAAACUUUGGUGCUAACAUAUUUAUAGAGCUUAUGCUUACAAGGCCAUCUAAAUGCCAAUGAAAUUGGACGAUAUUGCUAGAAAGUUUGUUGAGCUACCAAGGUUUAUGCAAGGCCAAGACUUUAAGCCUACAAGUUGCUUACAAAUACAAGUAUUUCUAUCAGAGUGAAGACUAGUAGUACUCAAAGAGAGAUAGGGAAGGGCAAGAAACAGCUAAAAUAAGCUCUAUCCUGAAGGUAGUUUCUUAGAAAAAUGAAGAAAAAAGAUAUUUUGGAAAGAGCAAUGUGAACUAACUGCACUGGAAUAUUUUUUUGAGGGGAAAGAUAAUGAAAUAAGAAAUGGGAAUGUGCACAUCUUUAGUGUUUUGCAAACUGUAGUAUUGCGUUUGACAGAAAUGCAUGUGCGCGUUAAAUUGUAGCUUGUUCAAUGUUGAAGAGGAAAGCUUCUCCUUUUCUCUUAUCAAUAAUGGCAAUAUAUAUGAACACAAGCCUUUUGCUUCUGCUCUUUCUCAGUCAAACACAAUUUGUGCCAGUUCUUUCCAUUAAAUACCUCAGUAACUUAUUCAUGCUAAUAUAUUAACACCAGACUAACUUUUGUGCUGUCUUACUAGUUUAAACAAUUGUAGAACUCAGUCCUCAGCAGGAUUUUCUUGCAUUUGUUCUACUUUUAAGAUGAAUUAUUUUGAUACAUAUAUGUAAGUUUAUCUUGUCAUUAAUUGUAGUAUCCUGACUUACCCCUAGGAAGUAGAAUGUGUUGUUAUUUUAAUAAUAUUUCUCUAAAAUUCUUAACUGUAAAAACACUUAAUGAUUACCUCCUAUCUUUGUGUAAUACAGUGAUGCAAGAAUGUCAAUGAUAACGCUAUCAUCAGGCAUAAAUUUCACAUAAUAUUUGAUCUAUAUGCAUUUAUUCUAAUUUUUUUAUUUUUAAUUAUUUGCUUUGCUUUCUCAAAUGAAAGUUUACCACUCACUUAAAGCCACGCCUUGCCUUUGAAAGACAGUAAAAUUUAAAGUAGCAUAAUCUUAACUAAUGCAAAGAACUCCACAAAACUUUCUAAUCACAUGGUUUUAGUAAAUGCAUUGGAUACAGUUGUCAGUCAGACUGUUGAAAUUGCUUUUCUGGUUUUACUUAGCAUUUACAUUUUGCACCCAUGAUAUUUAGCUCAUAUAUUUGUUACAGUUUUGAUCAGGAUUUAAAACAAUUACUACAUCUAGAAAAUAUUAUGUUUCUUCUAUGACAAUAACUGGUGCUAUUCAAGCAUUUAAAAAUCAUUUCUUACCUUCUGUGUAAUGCUUCAGUGUAUCAGACUUGGUAUUGCUGUAAAUGCAUAUGAUUGCAUUAUGGUACUACUUUGGGGUGUUCUCAUCAAUCAGAUAUUUAAGAUUUUCUAUUUAGAUACCACCCCACAAUAAAAAAUAAUGUAAAUAGCUAUUGAAAAAAUUGCACUUUUACAAGAAAACUGGUCUGCUUUUGUCCAUGAACACUGAUGUAUGCACCUCUUAUGACACAGAUUUCUGAAUAAAGUUAUGUCUAGCAUCUAA